UCAACGUGCGCUUGUGUCGUCACGUGAAUGAUUCAGCCAAUGAAGUGAGAGCACCGACGAGCGGUUGUCUUAUAGUGGAUGUUAGCAUGCUCUGAGCGGACGAUCCAAAUAUUCAUCUGUCAAAUACAUUUUUUGACUGGCUGCGAUAUUAACAAGUUGGAGAGUCGUCUAACAGGUCGUCAUCAUGGGCGAACCACAGCAGGUGAGCGCCCUCCCACCUCCACCUAUGCAGUACAUCAAAGAGUUCACAGAUGAAAACAUACGUAAGGGUUUGAUUCCCAAACCCCCUCCUCCCAUCAGAGACAGCUACAUGAUGUUUGGCAACCAGUUUCAGUGCGACGACAUCAUCAUCCGGCCUCUGGAGAGCCAAGGCAUCGAGAGGCUGCAUCCUCUGCAGUUUGACCAUAAACGUGAGCUGAAGAAGCUCAACAUGUCCAUUCUGGUGAACUUCUUGGACUUGCUCGACAUCCUCAUCAAAAGCCCGGGGAGUAUAAAGCGUGAAGAGAAGCUGGAGGACCUGAAGCUUCUAUUUGUGCACAUGCACCAUUUAAUUAAUGAGUACAGGCCACAUCAAGCCAGAGAAACACUGCGAGUGAUGAUGGAGGUUCAGAAGAGACAGAGGCUAGAAACGGCCGAAAGGUUUCAGAAACAUUUAGAACGGGUCGUGGAGAUGAUUCAGGGCUGCCUCUCCUCACUGCCCGAUGACCUACCACAGAUGGAGGUUCCAGAUGACGCUGGCGACACAACACGGAGUUUUUCUGCGCCAAGUGUUGGCUGCUCCUCUGGUCAAGGUUUCAGGCUGAAAAGUGAGCCCAUGGAUGUGGAGGAGGCUGCAGGUCCACAGGACAAGAGUCUUCCUGCUGCGAAGAAGGAGAAAAUGCUGGACAAGGAUGCUGCUAUGUGUCGUAUAAUUGAUGAAAUUGCCUAACUUUCCUGUCUGGGAGCGCAAUCUUAUACAUUUGAAGUAUCUAUUUGUGAGCUGUAAAUAUGAGUGCAUUUGCAGUACGCAGACCUGCCAUCCUGUUUGAUACAAUGACCUGACUGCCUCCAAGGACGUUCACAGAACCUCGUUAUUAUGUAGGUCAAAUGAGGCAGCAGAUUUUUUUUUUUAAUAAAAACCAUUGGUAAAAUAA